AUGCUAAUAGGACUAAAUCACCUCCAUUCGAUCGCUCCACUAGAAGCUAAGAUCGGAGCAGUGGUAAAUCCGAUAGCGGGGUGCUCUAAGGUCUACGGAUCGAAACAAGCAAAUGCCACCACAUCGGAUGGUGGCUUUCUAGGAUUCCACCGUGAAGUAUCAAACGACAACGACUUCAAUCCAAAGAUCGAAGCGAAGGCAAGAACCGACAUAGCUGGUUUCGAGGUAUUGUACAAGAGCUGCUUCCGGGACCAGACGGACGAGUGGAGUGCGACAAACGUUGAUGCGCAUGGUUACCAAGACCCGGUACCGGUGAGCCGUAGUCAACUGAGCGGUGAUCGAGGUCAGCAGGCUGUUAAGCCUGUCGAUAAAAAAGGACCAAGUCUUAGAAGGACGGUAAAGCCCAAGGCUUCGCUUUUUUCACUUGAAUUAUUGGUGGUUUACGUGUCCACGUUUCAACCGGAUUUCGCCGAGCCAAUCAUUAACAUUUCGGUCGCUAUCGGACGAGAUGCAACAUUCACCUGUCACGUACGUCAUCUAGGUGGUUACCGGGUCGGCUGGGUGAAGGCGGACACCAAAGCCAUUCAGGCGAUCCACGAGAAUGUCAUCACCCACAACCCGCGGGUGUCGGUGUCGCACGCCGACCAGAACACGUGGAAUCUGCACAUCAAGUCCGUUACGGAAGACGACCGGGGCGGGUACAUGUGCCAACUGAACACCGACCCGAUGAAGAGCCAGCUUGGCUAUCUGGACGUGGUAAUUCCGCCGGAUUUCAUCCCAGAAGACACCUCGUCGGACGUGAUCGUACCCGAGGGAAGCUCCGUAAAGCUCACCUGUAGAGCGAAAGGCUACCCUGAACCAGUUGUAACGUGGCGCCGGGAGGACAGUUCGGAAAUUAUUCUCAAAGAUGCAGCUGGCACCAAACAGGGUGUGAACUCCUACCGGGGCGAGGUGCUGAAGCUGACAAAAAUCUCACGCAGCGAAAUGGGCUCCUAUCUGUGCAUCGCAUCCAACGGAGUGCCACCGUCGGUAUCCAAGCGGAUAUCUCUCAGUAUUCAUUUCCACCCAGUCAUACAGGUGCCGAAUCAGCUGGUUGGAGCACCCCUCGGCACCGACGUUUCGAUCGAGUGUCAAGUAGAGGCAUCUCCGAAAUCCAUCAACUACUGGGUGAAAGAUACAGGAGAAAUGAUAGUAUCGUCACCAAAAUACCACGUGCAGGACAUAACCAAAUCGUUGUACGAAACCAAAAUGUCGAUGACGGUUCGAUCGUUCCAGAAGGAGGACGUCGGUUCGUACCGUUGCAUUGCGAAGAACUCGCUCGGGGAAGUAGACAGCAGCAUCCGACUGUAUGAAAUUCCCGGACCAAACCGCAAAGUGUACUCCCCAAAGUACGGCACGGAUCAGAACGAUAUCGUGAAGCCCGGCCAAACGGGCCCCGGGAGCAAAUCGAAAUUAUCCUACCCGCCGGACGACGAAGAGCAGCAGUAUGGCGGUGGAUCGGCCGAGGAUUUCGACGAGGUCAUUGACACGAUACAGCACCAGCAUCAUCACCAUCACCAGUCGCACCAGCAGCAGCAUCACGGAGGUCGGCCGACGGCUCGAUCACCGUUCGGCUCGCUGGAUCAUCCGAACAGUAUCAACGGUGUUGUCAUCGGAGGCCGGGGCAACAAUGGCGGCUCCAGUGCGGCCACCGGUGGCAGCAACGGGAACAACAAAAAUCUGAUAGCACUGAUGAAUGACAUCGGUACGAGAAAACCGUUCGUUAUUCCUCCCGGUCGGGGGGCCGACGGAAGUCUAGAAGGUAGCAACGGAGCCCGAGGACAGUUUAGCGGUACUGCGGACUCCGAAGCGCUGCUUCGAUUGCUGCUGGUUCUUCUGGGCGGCAGUUGGUUCGCGAUUUAUUGCCGACGGCACCUAGGGUAG